AUGACCUCGUUUAUUCACAUAUUCACUCUUCCUAUAUUGAUUUCUUUCUUUCUUUCUUUCUUUCUUUCUUUCUUUCUUUCUUUCUUUUCAAUUUUUUUUUUUUUCUUUCUUUCUUUCUUUCUUUCUUUCUUUCUUUCUUUCACUUUUUGGGGUUUAUCUUUUUUCUUUUAUUUCGACAAUAUCUUUCUUUCUUUUAAUUUUUUAUCAUCCCUCCGCCUAUAUUGCUUUCUUUUCGGUGUUUCUUUGUUUCUUACUUUUUUCUUUCUUUCUUUCUUUCUUUCUUUCUUUCUUUCUUUCUUUCUUUCUUUCACUUUUUGGGGUUUAUCUUUUUUCUUUUAUUUCGACAAUAUCUUUCUUUCUUUUAAUUUUUUAUCAUCCCUCCGCUUAUAUUGCUUUCUUUUUCGUGUUUCUUUGUUUCUUACUUUUUUUUCUUUCUUUCUUUCUUUCUUUCUUUCUUUCUUUCUUUCUUUCUUUCACUUUUUUUUUUUUUUUUUGGGUUUAUCUUUUUCUUUUAUUUCGACAAUAUCUUUCUUUCUUUUAAUUUUUUUAUCAUCCCUCCCUUAUAUUGCUUUCUUUUCGGUGUUUCUUUGUUUCUUACUUUUUUCUUUCUUUCUUUCUUUCUUUCUUUCUUUCUUUCUUUCUUUCUUUCUUUCUUUCACUUUUUGGGGUUUAUCUUUUUUCUUUUAUUUCGACAAUAUCUUUCUUUCUUUUAAUUUUUUAUCAUCCCUCCGCUUAUAUUGCUUUCUUUUCGGUGUUUCUUUGUUUCUUACUUUUUUCUUUCUUUCUUUCUUUCUUUCUUUCUUUCUUUCUUUCUUUCUUUCUUUCUUUCUUUCUUUCUAUAUUUAUAUAUUUAUUUCAAUUAGUUUUAUCAUCCCUCCGCCUAUAUUAUAUUCUUUCUUUCUUUCUUUCUUUCUUUCUUUCUUUCUUUCUUUCUUUCUUUCUUUCUUUCUUUCUUUCUCAAGUGGCCGAUUUUCUUUAUCCUCUUCUUUUUAUUCUUUCUUUCUUUCCUGUCUUUUUUAUAAGCGCUUUUAUUUAUCUAUUUUCAAUUUUUCUUUUUUUUUCCUUCACUGUUUCAUUGUUUUUUCAUUGUCUCUUUUUUAUUACAUUAUUGUAGCCUUUUGUAAUUUUUUUCUUUUCUUCCUUUUUUUUCUUUUCCUUCUUUCUUUUUUGUCCCUAUAUUAUAUUCCUUUCAUUAGAUUCUUUUCAUCUUCUUUUUCUUUUUUUGCUCUCUGCCUUCCACCACGACUCUUUUUUUUUUUGUUGUCCCACUCUCAUCUCCAUCUCAUUAAAUCUUUCUCUUUCCCUCGCCCUUUUAGCCUUCUCAUUAACUCUUUCUCUUUCCCUCGCUCUUUUUGCUUUCUCAUGAACUCUUUCUCUUUCCCUCCCUUUUUUUGCCUUCACAUUGACUCUUAUUCUUUCCCUCACUCUUUUUGCCUUCUCAUUAACUCUUUCUCUUUCCCUCCCUCUUUUUGCCUUCUCAUUAACUCUUUCUCUUUCCCUCGCUCUUUUUGCCUUCUCAUUAACUCUUUCUCUUUCCCUCACUCUUUUUGCCUUCUCAUUAACUUUUUCUCUUUCCCUCACUCUUUUGCCUUCUCAUUAACUCUUUCUCUUUCCCUCGCUCUUUUUGCCUUCUCAUUAACUCUUUCUCUUUCCCUCGCUCUUUUUUGCCUUCUCAUUAACCCUUUCUCUUUCCCUCGCUCUUUUGCCUUCUCAUUAACCCUUUCUCUUACCCUCGCUUUUUUGCCUUCUCAUUAA